AUGGUUGUGGUAGAUCAAGAUUCUCAAAGGUGUUUGAAGAAUUUGUUGAAAGAAUUAGAGGAGAGAGAAGUGGAAAGCCUACUAAAAGACUUGGCUAUUGUAAAAGUUCAACUGGAGGCAAAGGAUUUGGCCUAUAAGCAGGCUCUCCUUAAGCUAGAUCAUUAUCAGAAAACACAAGAUGAACUCUCAACCUUGCUCGAGAAUUCCGAUUAUGUGAAGAUCAAAUACAUCGACGAAUGCAAAGAAUGUAAUUCUCGUAUAAAUCAACUGGAAUCGACCAUUAAGGAGAUAUCUGAUAAAUUACUCGAGUUUGAGGAUGUGAGAAAACAGGUUUCACAUGUUACAAAUGAGUAUAUUACCAGCCAAGGACAAAUUCUAAAUACGGAAACACAAAUUGAUGAGCUCAUACGCACAAAGGUUGAGUCCACGAUGCAAGUUGAGGCGAUGGAAAAUGCUUUACGAGAAGAGAAACUAAAACCCGAAGAGCUUCUGCGGAAUAUUUCACAACUCAACGAAACUAUUUUUCAUUUGCAGCUGAAAGCUCACGAAGUAGAAGAAGUUGAAGCAGUAGCACAACUAGAAUGCACAGAAAAGCUUUCUGCAAUUGUGGAUGAUUUCGAAGAACAACUUCUGGAAAAAUCGAUACCCACUGAUUUGUUGCAAUUGGAACUGGAGCAAGCAAAUGAGCUAUACAGUUGUUCUCAGAAAGUUGCUUCUGAUGCCAAUCGUGAAUUAAACGAGCUGAAAGAAGAAAUGGAACAGCAACGAAGAAAGAAUUUGGAACCUGCUACUUAUAUCACUUCACUUCAGACAGAGCUUGAACAAUCAAAGAUGGAACUUAGGAAUGCAAACGAGGAGGCAGGCCGGUUGAACAGAGAUAGAGAAAGUAUGAUGGCUGAGUUAGAGAAGAUAAGAACCGAGAUGGCUACGAAUGGAUUAAGAGAUACAAAGGUGCAAGUUGAAAUAGCAUUACUAAAAUUUGAACUUCAUGAAGGGAGAUCUAAACUCGCUGCAGUCGAGGCAGCUGAAGCAAGAGCUCAGAGCGAAAAAUCAGCAUUAUAUCAUGCAGUUCAAGAGCUAGCAUUAGUAGCUGAAGAAGCCAAAAAAGAGAAUCGAGAGCUAAGAGAACUAAUGAAAUUGGCCAAUGAGUACACGAAGAGUGAGGAGUUUGUAAAGGGCGAGUUAAAUGCAAAAUAUGAAAAAACAGAAAGUCUAAUGGAGGUUCAUGUCACCAUUUCAAGAAAAGAAUACGAUGCCUUGAUCAAGAAGGCUAGACAUGUGGACCAAGUUGUUGAGCCGAUACAUGCAAACGAACAAGCAUUGAAGAACUUGACGAAAGAGAUAGAAGCUGCAACAUUAAAAAUUGGAGAGCUUAGGGCUAGAGCAGAACAAGCCAUAAGCAGAGCCGAGGCAGCUGAGAAGGCAAAAGCAGAACUUGAAGAGCAGAAAAGGAGGUGGAACGAACACCAGGAAAAAAGAAAGGCUGCUUUAGCCCAGUUGCGUGAAGAAUCUUACUCCAAAGAUUACAUUACGAGUGACGAGCAAGAUAAUGUUAUAGCAAAUUACCAGCCUCUAGGGGCAAUCUAUUGA